AUCGGUGAAGGAUUUUACGAAUUACUUUAGUUAUAUGCUUCUCAGUUAGACAUUUGCGCUUUACUUGGUGGAUUCUUCACGACAAUAAUUCUCUACACCUCAUGUUAUGUGAUGUGUAAUUGCUGAUUUGAUAAAUGCCUGGUUUUGUUGUUAGAAAGAAGAGAUUUUCAGAGCCAAAUAUGUGUUUCACCAAUUUAGUCAAUCAAGAUAAAUUAACUCGUUCACAGAGCGAUCAUUGCAUAACCUCUGAGGCACAGCAUAAAGAUGAUAGUUCCAUUCUACCUGGGCUGCCUGAUGAUGUGGCAAAGCUUUGCCUUGCACUCGUGCCUCGUUCCAACUUCCCUGCUAUGGGUGGUGUCUGUAAGAAAUGGAGGUUGUUUAUUCAAAGCAAAGAAUUCAUAUUUGUGAGGAAAUUGGCUGGGAUGCUUGAGGAAUGGCUCUAUUUCUUAACAAUGGACAGUGAAGGAAAGGAAACCUGUUGGGAGGUUGUGGAUUGUCUCAGUCAUAAAUGCAGAUCUCUUCCACCAAUGCCUGGUCCAUUAAAGGUGGGGUUUGGGGUGGUGGUUCUCAAUGGAAAGCUUCUUGUUAUGGCUGGUUAUUCAGCUAUUAAAGGAACUUCCUUUGCAUCAGCAGAGGUUUACCAAUAUGAUUCUUGCCUCAACAGUUGGAGCACGUUAUCAAACAUGAAUACGGCUCGUUAUGACUUUGCUUGUGCUGAAGUCAAUGGCUUGGUUUAUGCUGUUGGAGGCCAUGGGGUGAACGGCGUGAGUCUCUCCAGUGCUGAGGUGUAUGAUCCAGAUACUAACAAGUGGACUCUGAUAGAGAGCCUUCGUCGCCCGAGAUGGGGUUGUUUUGCUUGUGGAUUUGAGGGUAAGCUCUAUGUCAUGGGUGGAAGGUCAAGCUUUACUAUUGGAAAUUCCAAGUGUGUUGAUGUAUAUAACCCUGAGGGGCACAGCUGGUGUGAGAUGAAGAAUGGAUGUGUUAUGGUCACAGCUCAUGCAGUAUUGGAAGAGAAGUUGUUCUGUAUGGAAUGGAAGAACCAACGAAAGUUAGCAAUAUUCUGUCCAAAGGACAAUUCAUGGGAAAUGGUACCAGUUCCAUUGACAGGGAGCUCAAACAUUGGUUUUAGAUUUGGUAUACUGGAUGGAAAGCUGUUGCUAUUCUCACUUGAGGCUGAACCUGCUUAUCAAACAUUGUUGUAUGAUCCAAAUGCAGCUGUGGGGUCAGAAUGGCAAAUUUCUGAUAUACGUCCAUCUGGUUUGUGCUUGUGCAGUGUAACAAUUAAGGCAUGAAACCUUGUCUGGCUCUGAACUGGUGGCUGGAGUGGAGAGAUUCUUGAGAGUCGGGGGAUAUAGCUAUGGAGUUUUCUUCAUUUUACUAAAAUCUUGGACAGUAAUGACCGUGAGUGUCCCUCAUGUCAGAUUUUAAUUUUGUGGUUUUGCUUGUGAUGUUAGCUACUACUUAGUUUUAUCAUGUUAUCAUGCAUGCCCUUUAUGUCUCUGGGGGAUUAAGUCCCUCGUCUAGUAAUUAUCAACUUUGAGCAGAACUAUUUGAUAUUAUGGUGGGUGGAUUUUUGUUUAAUGUUCUCCUUUUGUAUUAUAAAGUGAUAACGUUAGAAUUUUAAACCCA